UGCCGGCGGCGGCCAUGCUGCGGCCCAAGGCCCUGACGCAGGUGCUCAGCCAGGCCAACACCGGCGGCGUCCAGAGCACGCUGCUGCUGAACAAUGAGGGGUCCUUGCUUGCCUACUCAGGCUAUGGGGACACUGAUGCCAGGGUCACUGCAGCCAUCGCCAGCAACAUCUGGGUGGCCUAUGACAAGAAUGGGCACCAGGCAUUCAAUGAGGACAACCUCAAAUUUAUCCUCAUGGACUGUAUGGAGGGGCGAGUGGCCAUCACACGGGUGGCAAACCUUCUGCUCUGCAUGUAUGCCAAGGAGACUGUCGGAUUUGGGAUGCUGAAAGCCAAGGCACAGGCACUGGUACAAUACCUGGAAGAGCCACUCACACAGGUGGCCGCAUCAUGAGCAGACAGUGGAGGACUCUGAGGUGGCACUGGGCCCUGACAUCAUCACUGGCAUGGGUUGGGCGUGAGUGGCCCCAUGGACAUCCUGGAGCUCUAAUGUGGUCUUAAAAAUAAGGUGUCAGGAAUACAAAAGCUGCAGGGAAUAAACGUCUGUUUGAUGCUUG